GUUAUUUGAGAUCAUUUCCGGUUGUUCUGAGUCAGUUCAAGAAUGGCUGCAAUGUUUACGUGUUGUCUGGGAUGCUGCGGAGAUGGAGGGUCGGGGCAUAUCCCUCUUAAAGAAAUGCCCACUGUCCAGUUAGACACGCAUCACAUGGGCACAGAUGUCGUGAUUGUUAAGAGCGGGCGACGGAUAUGUGGCACAGGUGGUUGUCUUGCUAACGCUCCUUUGCACCAGAACAAGAGCUACUUUGAGUUCAAAAUUCAGUCAACUGGUGUGUGGGGGAUAGGUGUGGCAACCCAGAAGGUGAAUCUGAACCAGGUGCCGAUGGGAAGGGACACUAACAGCCUGGUGCUCAGGCAUGAUGGAUCGGUGUACCACAAGAACGAGGAGAAGAACCGGCUACCGGCCAACAGCCUACCCCAGGAGGGGGAUAUUGUGGGCAUCACCUACGACCACGUCGAGCUGAACCUGUACCUGAAUGGGAAAAACAUGCACUGUCCAGCAUCAGGCAUCCGGGGCACAGUGUUCCCUGUAGUCUAUGUGGAUGACAGUGCCAUCUUAGACUGCCAGUUCAGUGACUUCUACCACACGGCUCCACACGGCUUCGAGAAGAUCCUGUUUGAACAGCAGAUCUUUUGAGCUGCACCUUAAGUUAUAAUCUGUGUACCCAUUAUCACACCAAACACAAACACAACCACACACACACACACUCACACACACACACACACACACACACAGGGUAACUCCUAGCACUCCUAGCUGGAAUGUGCUAAGCUUUGUGACCCCGUUUGAUCUCGUCUGGUGUCUCUCUGUGUGUGUUGCUUCCUUUAAUACUCAGUGUCCUUAAGCUGCUGUUCUAGAGCCAGUUUGGUAGGUUAGUUUUUCACUCGGAUCAACUUUAGAUGGACGUAAAACUGAUCCCAAAUCAGCUUUGACGGAUAAAUAGUGCGUGUGGUGUGCAUAUGCAGAAAACAGACAGUUGUAGUCAUUUGAUAUCGCUUUACCUCUGAAAUGAUCGUUUUGCUUAAUUUGCCAACAAACAUUUUUUUUUUUUUUUUUUUUUUUUUUUUCCCAAUUAUGUUUAACAGUGUUUAUUCUCUUUCCACCAAGCUCAGCUGUGGCUAAGCUAUGUGUUUUCUAGCCCUCGUUGGAACUCCUUAAAAUGCAUUCUCGCUUUCUCCCCUCGUGGGUUGUGACAGAUCUAAUCAGCUGUCACUCAUCCAUUUGUGUUAGAUUAGUUAUUUCCUGAGAACAGGGAGGAAGGAAGUUUGUGUUCUGUGGAGCAUCCAUGAGAAGCUCAUGUACCAGGACAGAAAGCCAUGUCUUGUGGAUAGACGUUACUGCUACGUGUUUGAUUAUGGAAGGUGACCUCAGAACUCUAAAUGCCAUACUGAAAGGAUGGCAUAUAUCAAUAUGCCCAAAAUAUAUUUGUAUUUAUUUAAUGUAUAGAUAGACAACCAGCACUACUAAUAUUUGUUUUCUCCUGAAUAGUAGAUCUGACCUCUUGGUUGUAUUAUCGGUAUUUUUAAUUGUUAAAUUUUUUUUCUGUUUGUGCUCUCCCAUUGAGGACAUUUAUCACUAUUUAGAUGGUUAUUCCAAAUGUCAACAAACAUGUUGUUUUCAGGGAUAUAUACCUUUCCCCAUGCUACUGUGUUUCAAAGAUCAGAAAGCAAAUCCUCCAUCAACGUAUAACAUACUAUCAUUAAUGUUAAAGAAUCGCUUGCUUUUGUUUGCACUAAUAAGAUGUGAUUGUCAAACCAAAUUCAAAAACAUACCGUUGACUACAAUAAACUGUUGUCUGGAAACAUCAA